CUUGCUCUGCAGGUCUCUCUGGCCCCUUCCUUCCUUCCUUCCUUCCUUCCUUCCUUCGAGAAUUCCCGAAGCCUCCGAUGCCAUGGACGUCGAGGGCUCAAGAAUUCUCUCGUCCUCGAAGAAGGAUGAGAGGAUCGUCCUGCAGCCGCCGAGCUCCCUCUCGAUUGAUCGAUGGAAGGCUCGAUGGAGGAGGACGUGGCUGGCUGGAGUCGUGCACGCAUCGCCGAGAGCCUUUCUUUUGCUUGGCUCGGGGUGGGAAGAAUGGCGCGAGGCCUUCGUGCGGGGGAAGCGCUUUGGGUCGUCGGGCGUGACGUGAUCUUUUCUUUUCUGCUGGACUUUCAUGCAGUCCACACGUUCGGCCGCAGCUUAUCUGACACAGUGUGCCUCCCGAUCCUCACCAUGCACGACGACGACGACGACGAGCGUGGUCGCCAUUCGGACCAGCCCCGAGCCCAACAUUCGCUGGAUUCGCUGGAUUCGCAGAUUUCGCUCGCUCGUCAUUCCAUCCUCCGCUCACUGCAAGAGGCCAAAUUCUGCCAACUCGAGUCGACUUGACUCAGACUCGAAUCGAUCAUCGCUCGAGGCUUCCUUGAUUUUGGAAUCUGCUUUCUUGUUCUCGAGUCACCGAAUUCAUGGCAUCUCGAUCCCGAUCGUCUGCUCACAGCCACUUAGCCCUCGUGAUCACCCUAUGGCACGAUCGAGCUCGGGCGGAUUGCAAGGCUCGGAUUCAAAGCCCAGCAGCAGCAGCAGCAGCAGCAGCAGCCGUCGUCUUGAAUCAGGGUUCGGUUCUCUCGGCUCGAACAAGAUCCGACUUCUUGGACUGCACGUCGCUCGCCACGACGAGAGCCGAAAGAUUGGGAAUUGUGAAUCCCUGCGUCGUCCCUCGUCGAAUUCGCAGCGACCGUCUCGGAGUGAUUGGCAUGGCCUCUCGCGGACGAUUGGGAUUCGGUGGUGAGACGAGACGCACAAGGACGGGCGCCGGGCUCGAGUGCAUGUCGAGGAGUCGAGGAGCUGCACGACCCGACGCUGGGAAUCGGAUGGUGGCCUCGGUGCUGUCAGCAGCAGCAGCAGCAGCAUGCCUCCGGGGGUGUCAAUUGUACUCCCCGAUUGCUCGCAGCGAUGGCCGGGAGGCCAGGGGAUCGGGGCCCGAGAGUCGGGGAGGAGUUUCUCGUGCCGAUGAGCGAGCGAGCGAGCGAUGGUGUCAGCAGGGAACUGAUGCACACGGAGGCGAUGCGCAGGCGAGGUCGUGGAGGCCGAGAUGCUCGCAUCAGCCAUCCCUCGGCCGAGUGUCAUCGACUGCCGCACCUCGACAAUCUGCACCAGCGCACCGAAUCCGGCUCGCCAUCCUCGCGUCAUCUUACGAGCGCCAAAUGGUGCGCCGGCAGCUCAGCGCCACGCUUCUCGUCACUCGCACGUCGCCAGUCGGUCCGAUCGAGCCCAAUUCUGACCCCGCGCAACCGAAUUGCUCCACUUUCCACCCUCCUCCUGCACCCCCAACUCCCUCGGUACAAUUGGCACGGGCGAGGCCCGUGGGUCGGCAAUUGUACCAGAUUGCAGACGAUUCGGGCGACGGGCGAGUCGCGCAUGUGGCCGGCCAUCCAUCGGCGCCUUGCGCUGAGCGCGGACAUCCUCCAUCCUCCAUGCUCCAUGGGACGAAGGAAUGAACGAGCUUGCGCAGGAUUUAAUCCCAGAUUCUUGCUGAUAUAUACCCUUCUUUGAGUCACUGCACGGCAAUCGCUGCAGGCCGAUGAUCCUCGUGGCCUGCAGCCACGAAACUCGUGAACCCGAUGAUGUAAAACCUCGAGCAGCGUGAGCUGCUGACAGUGAUUUCGGAUUCACGAUUUCGUUCCAUCGAUUUCCUUCUAGCAUUGACUCAAAGAAAGGCAUCUAUUUGCAAUGAUUUGUGAAGUCUCUGGACGAGCGAGCGAGCUAGCGAGGUGGAAAGAAAGUCACACCCUCAUCGACCGACGGGUUUGUCGAGUGGAGGCUGCUGCAGCUCCUCCUUCCUCGCGAGAGUGGAGUUUUGUGGACAAUGUCCUGACCCCUCCUCAAUUUCGCAUCAGACGCCGUCAGUGGUGGAUUACCUUACAGCAUCAGGAUUGUGGAGCCAUGGGCGCAGCAAAUGCUGAGACUCAUGCGCUGCGAGAGCUCCAGCAGCAGCGACAAGUCGGUGGAAGUCUGUCUGUCUGCCGACCGGAGCUCUCGACUUCCGAGUACAGAGCUGUGUCGGCCUGUCUUCAGCCCCGAACGAGGAACUUCGUCUCGCAUUGAGAAUGAAUUAUUGCAACGCACCUUCGCUCAGAUUCAGCCAUCGCUUUCUAAUCCUUCAACAUUACGCGUCGAGGAUAAAGUGCCUCCAUAACUUACUUGCUUGCUUGCGCUGGUCGCCGAGUACUCACUGAGCUUCUCAUUCCUUAGCACAUGCAUCAUCAUCCUCCCAUACCCGAGCGUCUGAGUCAAGUCGAGUCCAGAAGCAGCGAGAUGCGAAUCGACACCGAACAUUGCGCUUAGAAAAUUGCCCAAGAGAUGGCGGCGGAGGUGGCGGCGGCGGCGGCGAGGCAAUGUCUGUUGCAGGCAGGGCAAGAUUCUCUCUAUCUGGAUCCAUAUUCGUCCAUGGAUCAUAAUGACAACAUGCGUGCGAGCCAGAUUUUGUCAUCGCGGACUUCCGACCACAUGCGAUCCGAGGCCACUGGGGCGAACACGAAUCACUGGCCGCAAUUUAGCGAGCCCUCGCUCACGGUCGAAUCGAUCACUUGCCAUCGCAACGCCACAUCUCCCCAUGAGUCGUUGACCCUGUGUCCAAUCCUGCACUCGGGCCUCGCCAUGGCCUCACCCUUUCUGUCACGUACAUGCGCGGGAAAUGUGAAACCAGCGUCGGGAAUUCUCCCAUCCCAAUCUCGUAUCAAUCUCAUCUCUUCUAAUCUUGCUUUACGUGCACGAGCAAUUCGAUGGACAAUGAAUGAAUGCCUUCGAUCACAGGCCCUGAGGGACGAGGGGGGUGAGGAAUUACUAACAAGAACUCGAACGAUUGCAGCAACUUCGAGCAUGGGGAUUGGAUUCCAACCCCCGAAACCGUAGCCACGUACAGAGACAGGCCCCGUGCAAGCGUGGACACAUACAAGUAUAAUCCUGCACCAUGAGAUGAGAUGAGACUCGUGGCCUGAAAAUUGCAGCGAUUCCAGGGCUCACAGUCUCGAGAGGGAUCGAGGAGCUGCUGUCGAGGCCUCGUUCGGGUGUCUGCCGAUCCGUCUGUUGCGACAGGUCGGAUCUGAUCUUUCGUCGCUCUCGCAUUGGCAAGGAUGCGUGGCAAUCAUUGUGCCAUGAGCGGAGCCGCUUUGAUUUGGCGAGCAUGAGAGCUCGAGCUCGAGCACGAGUGGGGCCCGAGGGCGGUUUUGUUGCCAGGUCCAUCACCAUCGCCCGUACCGCAUUAUCUGCAAAUUUCCCACCCGAACGGAAUCUUUCCCAUUUUCAUAGACACGUGCGUUGGCUUCAGCAUGAUCUGAUCGAGUCCACAAGGGCAGGAAC